AGUCGUUGCUUUGCCUGCGGCUCGAAACAGUCGAGUAGAGUGCCUCUUUUCGCAGUGCCUUUGUGAGCAAUGGCGGGCACCGGAGCAGGUUACGACCUCUCGGUGACAACCUUCUCGCCAGAUGGCAGGGUCUUCCAGGUGGAGUAUGCAGGCAAGGCCGUGGAAAAUAGCGGCACGACUCUGGCGAUUUGCUGCAAGGAUGGCGUAGUCUUUGCAGCCGAGAAGUUUCUGCUGUCCAAGAUGCUGGUCCCUGGCACUGCGAAGCGAAUAUUCCCGGUCCACCGGCGUGCGGGUAUGUCCAUCGCUGGCAUGGUGGCCGAUGCUAGGCAGAUAGUCAGCCGUGCGCGUUCAGAAUCUACGCAGUACAUGAGCUCGUACUGCGAGGAGAUCCCCCCUGAGCUCCUGGCUGAGCGCUUGGGACUCUUCAUGCAUGCCUACACCCUGUACUGGUCUGUGCGUCCUUUCGGCUGCUCGGUGCUUCUUGGAUGCGUGGAUCAGGACACCAAGAAGCCUAGCCUCUUCACCAUUGAUCCCAAUGGCAUGGUCCACAAGUACACGGCUACUGCAGAGGGUAAGGGCAAGCAGGCAGCAAAGACUGAGAUUGAGAAGGUUUUGGCGAACAACCCUGAUCUGACUUGCGAGCAGGCGCUGGUCCAUGUUGCGAAGAUCAUCCACAAGGUGCAUGACGAGAAGGACAAAGACUUCGAGUUGGAGAUUUCUUGGAUUUGCCCAGCAUCAAAGCACGAGCACGCGCAAGUGCCGGCGGAGCAGAGGAAGGCUGCAGAAACAGAGGCAAAACGGAUCCUCGAGGCGGAGCAGGAGGAUGACUGACCGAUGGAAAGACCAGCUGAAUGAGCCAGCAGAGGGAAAUGCAACAACUGAUCAAAC